AUGCGGUGGUCGUUCCUGCGGGGGGACGACGCGGUGGGGUGGAUAGGGGGCGGGGAUGAACGGAUGGCGAUGGAGAUGAUGGACGAGCGUAACAAGUGUCCUUCCUCCUUCGUCCUCCUCUGCCCUCCUCCACUCCCACCACCCCCAACUCCGUCUUCAGUUCACUGCGGCGCGGGGCUUCGCUUCGGAUCGGCUCGAGCAGAUUUCUACACACGGGCUGAUCUGUUCCUCUUAAGCUGUAAAGGAAUGCAAGCAGCUCUGCUCGCCCGUUUCGUACCAAAAGAAAAAAGAGAGAGGAGUUUCUGGGCAAGUAAAGCUAGCUCGACGUUUACUGUGGUCUCACUUUGUGAGAAGACAGAAGAGUAUUCUCUUCUCUUUGUUCCUCCCCUUGAUUUCUGCACGAUCUGCUCUGUUCCUCUGCAAGCAACUCUGCUCGUGGUUAAUAUAGCAAAAGUUUCAUCUGAUCGCCUAGAGGAUAGUGGAUUUGAAACUGCCACUGUAUCAGAUGUCUUGAAGUCUAAAGGGAAGAGUGCUGAUGGAUCUUGGCUCUGGUGCACCACAGAAGAUACUGUCUAUGAUGCUGUCAAAUCGAUGACGCACAACAACGUGGGAGCUUUGGUGGUUGUCAAACCUGGAGAGGAUAAAUCAAUUGCUGGCAUUGUCACUGAGAGAGAUUACCUCCGGAAAAUCAUAGUGCAGGGAAGAUCUUCCAAGUCAACUAAGGUUGGCGACAUCAUGACUGAAGAGAACAAACUGAUCACAGUGAAUCCCAACACCAAAGUCCUGCAGGCAAUGCAGCUCAUGACAGACAACCGCAUCAGACACAUCCCGGUGAUUGACGGCACAGGGAUGUUGGGGAUGGUCUCCAUCGGCGACGCCGUGCGCGCGGUGGUCGCCGAGUACAGGGAGGAGCUGAACCGGCUCAACGACUACAUCCAGGGAGGCUACUAG